AUCCAAUACUCUUCCAGUCCGAGGGUUACAUAAACUUUUCUUUAAAAGACGUCUGCUUCUCCUCUCAGGACUGUCUCCAAGAAUCUCAGUCCAUUCACGAGUCGGAUCGAUCACUCUCUCACGUGCAGUUUGGCGCAAAGCAGAAGUGAAUUCAUUCGAGUUUUUUUUUACAGAUUGGGUAGGCUACUUUGUUGUGAGUUUUUCCCCCCCAAGUCAUUUUCUUGCGUCAAAAGAGACAGCCUACAAGAUCAUUAGAACAUAAACUACAAGAUGGCACUUCAGAAUAAAAUCCUUCAACUGAGCUGCAGGAGUGUUUUGGGAGAAGUGCUCAAUAAGAGUUUUGCCAGUAAUUCACGCGCGCUGUACAAAUCUGCGACCAGCGAGUCGCUCCGGAUCUGCCCGACCCGAGAAGAGACAUUCCCGGAGGGUGUGAUCACACCGGGGGCCAGGGCGGAGGUGGUAGCUAAGGAGACCCGGAUCAAGAGUCUGAAGGAGAUGCCGGGACCAAGCGCCAUCAGCAACCUGAUCGAGUUCUUUUACCGGGACGGUUUCAGCAGAAUCCACGAAAUCCAGAUGGAACACUCUCAGAAGUAUGGGAAGAUCUUUAAGUCUCGUUUCGGCCCCCAACUGGUUGUGUCUAUCGCAGGGCGGGAUCUGGUGGCCGAGGUGCUGAGGAUGGAGGGUGUGGCCCCGCAGAGAGGCAACAUGGAGUCCUGGAAGGAGUACCGAGACUUGAGGGGCCGAUCUACCGGACUUAUCUCAGCGGAGGGUGAGGACUGGUUGAAGAUGCGUAGCGUCCUCCGCCAGCUGAUCAUGAGACCGAAGGACGUGGCUCAGUUCUCUGACGAUGUGAACGCUGUGGUGGGUGACCUGGUGAAGAGAGUGGAUACGCUGAGGAGCCAGCAGACAGACGGACUCACCGUACUGAAUAUUAACGAUCUGUUCUUCAAAUACGCAAUGGAAGGUAUGGCGGCCAUCUUGUACGAGGACCGUCUGGGCUGCUUGGAGAAUGAGAUUCCUCAGAAGAGCCAGGACUACAUCGCAGCCCUGCACCUGAUGUUUAGUUCCUUUAAGAUGACCAUGUACGCUGGAGCCAUCCCCAAGUGGCUCAGAACCAUCAUCCCCAGACCCUGGGAGGAGUUCUGCAGCUCCUGGGACGGACUGUUCAGUUUCAGCCAGAUCCAUGUAGAUAAGCGUCUGGGGGAGAUCCAGGAUCUGGUGUCCCGAGGAGAGGAGGUGAAGGGGGGGCUUUUGACUCACAUGCUGGUGACCAGAGAGAUGAACCUGGAGGAGAUCUACGCUAACAUGACUGAGAUGUUGCUGGCUGGGGUGGACACGACAUCAUUCACCCUGUCCUGGGCCUGCUACCUCCUGGCCCGUCACCCUGAGGUCCAGCAGGAGAUCUACGAGGAGGUGACGAGGACUCUGGGACACGGGACCAUCCCCACCGCUGACGACGUCCCCCGUUUACCCCUGAUCAGAGGACUAGUGAAGGAGACACUCAGAAUGUUUCCUGUUCUGCCAGGUAAUGGCCGUGUUACCCAGGAUGACCUGGUGGUUGGUGGUUACUUCAUCCCCAAAGGGACCCAGUUGGCUCUGUGUCACUACUCUACCUCCAUGGACCAGGACAAUUUCCCCGGAGCUGAUGACUUCCGUCCGGACCGCUGGAUCAGGAAGGACGCUACGGACCGGGUGGAUAACUUCGGCUCCAUCCCGUUCGGCUACGGCAUCAGGAGCUGCAUCGGCAGGAGGAUAGCUGAACUGGAGAUGCACCUGGCUCUUACACAGCUGAUCCAGAGGUUUCAGAUAAGGGUGUGUCCCUUCACAGAAGAAGUCAAAGCCAAAACCCACGGCCUCCUCUGUCCUGCUGCGCCCAUCAACCUGCAGUUUGCUGACAGACAACCAUAGACCAAAACCCACGGCCUCGUCUGUCCUGCUGCGCCCAUCAACCUGCAGUUUACUGACAGACAACCACAAGCCAAAACCCACGGCCUCGUCUGUCCUGCUGCGCCAAUCAACCUGCAGUUUGCUGACAGACAACCAUAAGGCUGGUUUAUAGUCUUGUCUAGCCACGUCUGUAGACCAUUACACUGCGACAAGUGUCUUUGGCCAAUUCAACGUUACAUUUUUUUUUACUUAGGCCGAUUGUCUGUAGACCGUCGGUUUCCUUUGCCGCAGAGACAUGAACGAUUUUAAACUUUGACCCUGUCACAGCUUUUUUAUUUUUAAGUUCACAAUCUCAGACAGAAAUGCACUGCUUGUUAUUUUUGUCACAUUCACAACCGUAAGACAGCUAUUUUCAAGCAGGGGCUUUAUGUCAUAGACCCUCAGAGUUUCAGAAUGGGAUGGAUAAUGGAAGCCAUUUUGGUAAAAGGAGGAAAACAAACCAGUUGGCAGAACAGGCAAAGGUGAUGCACUUCCUGCUUUUACUUCCUUAUACAGGAAAGUAACAGUAAAACAUGAUGUAUCACAAGUUUGUUUAAUAGCAUUAUUGUCAACCUUAAAAUAUUGUCAUAAAUACCGUUUCUACAUGUUCUAUGGACCCAGCCUAUUCCCAGAUGCUAUUGUUCUGUGUAAACAGCCUCUAAGAUAGAGUAUGUAUACAGACCAUAAAUGUCUCUCUAUAUAAUAUCAGUACUUGUUGCAUUUAAAAACUUGUCUAAGUCCUGUCAUCAACUGAUUUCAGCCAGUGUUUGGCUGUGGAUUGACUGCAUUGUUUGAAUGGAAUGUUGGCAAAUUGGCAGUUAAUUAGAAAAAUGUAUUGAAUUGUUCCUCUAAAACUGGCUAGCUAGCUAGCUAGCUAGCUAACAAACUGUGCGGUUAUAUCUAUAAAAUGCUUUGCUUUACACAAUAUUUUAUAAUAUUUUAUUUGUUAUUUGAUCAAAGUGUUCCUUUACGAAGAUGGAUGAUUAUGGCUAGUUUUUUUUAUCUCGUCUUUACCUUGUAAGUAAUUAUCUUGUAAUGUGUUCAUUUUCCUGUUCAUGAUGAAUUAAAGUUGGUUAUAGUCCAA